AAUUACGCUAAUCUGUUUCUGAAGUCUCCCCGAAUUUUACUUUGACUAGAUCUCCGAAUUUAUCUACCUUGGUCAAGGCAGACGAGAGAAGUAACUAUUUGACACGUAGUGAACACUAGUGAGGAGUAGCUGUUUGACACGUAAGCCAUUUCCUGGACAGACGCCACGUCUCUGGCUGACAAACGAAGGGUUAAAAACGGAAAUGACCAUCUGAUUCAUUUACCUCUUCGAACAAUUUGCCGAGUUUUAUGUGAUUUCAUUUCUAACAAAACCAAAAUCAAAACCAAAGCUCUCGUCUCAGAUCCAACAAUGGAGGCCACCGACGAACAACCCGGACUGCUCCACCGCAUCCACCCUCCCCGCCUCGAAGAUGCCGGUCUCGAGGACUGCGCCCUCCCGCCGGACUCCAUCAAAGAAGCCUUCCUCAAAGCCGCCACCGCCGUCAAGUCACGCGCCACCUCCAUCUUCACCUCCGACGACGACGAAGACGACUGCGUCGACGAUCCCUGGGAAGCGCGGCCCGACGCGGUGGUCGGGGCCGAGACGGAUGCGAAUCCGGGAGGUUGCGGCGGAGAGAAGGGCGGAGCUGUGGAGGUCGGCGGAGACGAAGUGGUGGUGGGCGGCGAGGAGGAGAUGAGGGAUAAGGUGAUUGUGGGAGGCGAAGAUGUGAGAGAGGUCGGUGGAGAUAAGGCUUGUGUGGAUGGGUUGGUUGGGUUAGAGAUCGGAGACAAGAAUAAGAAGAAGAAGGAUAAUGAUGAGGGUCCUAUUUUGGUUGGGGGUUAUGCUUAAACCCCAAACCCCUCUCUAACUAGAUUUUUAAUUUACUGGGUUUUUGAUUAGCUUUGUUGUAAUGUGUAAACCUUGUAUGGCUGUUGUUGUUGCUUCUUCUGGAAUGAUGUAUGUAUAUAUUUUGUAUAUCUGGGUUUAUAGUUUGCAUAUUGAAUAUAGCUAAGAGCAGAUUGAUUGUG